CGAUCGCUCAUGCCAUCCAUCCGACGCCGUCGCGUUCAUCAUAGCUUUCCCCAAGCCUCGUUCCUCUCUCCUUUUUCUCUCUUUUCUCUUUUGCACACCAGGUCCCGCGCUUUUGCCUGCUGCAUCCACCAUUCAUACGCAUACCCGCCUUUCUCUUUCGCUCUUUCCAGAGACCGGACUUCCUGCCGAGCCCCCGGAGCCACCAUCCCAAGAACCUCGGCCGGACAAGGGCCAGAAGCGUCCUCAAGACAGCCGGACCAAAUGCCGAGACGGACACUCUAGAGCGCGAUAAAAGCGGACGACAGCGACGGCGACGACAGCGAUAGCAGCAGCAGCAGCGAGACAUUGGCUUUUUCCAACGACUGGACCGAAACCGAUGACGUUGCGUUGCGAUCCACCGACUCCAUUUCGCCCUGCACCGGUGCGCAUGCAGUCGUUGAGAAGCUCUCGCCGCUUUCCCCCCUCUACAUUUCUUUACCCUCCUUGCCUGCAUAGGUAGCUGGCACUGUUUCUCCUCCUCCUCUUCUUCCUCCUCCAUCUUCUACCCCGCCUAUCAGACCCUCGUCGUCUCAUCAAAUCUCUCGUCUGUGUGAGGGGUCCGCCAUACCUAGACGUGCAACGACGCGCUCAGCCAUCACAUCGCGGCACCGAAGAUCUGCGGACCGGACGCAGCGGAAGACCCCGGACAUUGAUGGCUGCCUUUGAAACGCCCUGGCUAGUCCAUAUGUCGACCCCGAAAGCCCACCGCGGCGCCGACGCCGAUUCCGUCAGCGAUCCCUCCCAAACUCCCGGACUCGACGGCACUCCCUCUGGUGCGCCCCCGACCUAUGCGACCUUCUCUCCCGUCACCCUCGCUGCAACGACCCCGAGCCGCUCCUCCCGCCAGUCCACCAUCAUCGUACAUCAAAAAUCACCCCUCCUCUUGGCCACCCCGCCGCAAAUCACCCGCGCAUUAGCAUACUCGCACCCGUUUUUGCUGCCCCUCAACAAGCUCGCGGGACUGUUGACAUGGACAUCCGACGAUCCGUGGGAGAGCUUCCUGCUGCUUGCUUCUUUCUGGGCCAUAGUACUCUACGGCGACACCGUAGUGCGCGUCGCCGGGCCUAUCGUCCUUGUUCUGACGUUGAUUCUCGGCAUGUACGGCCGCCGUUUCAGUCCGUUAAGCAGCAGCGGAUGGACUGAGCCAGCUUCCAAGGACGCCACCGCGGCGCAGAACACGGCAGGCGCGGCUGCGGCCAAGGGCCAGAAGGGCGCGCCCAAGACCAAUGCGAAUGCGACCGCGGCCAAGGGACACCAUAGAGGCGAGUCGGAAGCGACGAACACGAGACACCAGAAAACACUUGACGAGAUUGUCGAGACACUCAAGGAGUUUACCGGGCGGUGCAACGUCCUGCUUGAGCCUCUCCUCGAGCUGACCGACUUCCUGAGCACCCAGCGGACACCCACGUCGGCCACGACACGGCCGGCCUUGACGACACUUUUUGUGCGAAUACUGUUCUGCACCCCGUUCUGGGCCGCUCUGACCCUGCCGCCAUUCCGCAUCAUCACAACGCGGAGGGUGGCUCUACUAUUCGGCACCCUGGUGCUGACAUGGCAUGCCAGGGUCAUGCGCGUCGCCCGGACGCUUCUGUGGCGCAGCGCAACGGUCCGCAGGACGGCGGCUCUGGUCACCGGACUCACCUUUGAGAAGCCGGUUAAAACCGUCCCCGUAGAGAUGACGGUCGAAGCAGAAGACGGCAAGGUCCAGGCCAAGCGGCCCGCUGCAUCCGAGCUCACUAAAGCCCUCCGGAAACAAUCGCACAAGCACGGCAACAACGCCACAAGCAGGGACGCCGGGGUCAAGUUCACCUUCAUCAUCUACGAGAACCAGCGCCGCUGGGUUGGGCUCGGCUGGACGCAGAGCAUGUUUGCCUAUGAGCGGUCGGCCUGGACGGACGAGCACAACAACCCCGUGCCGUCGCGCGACACAUUCGAGCUCCCCGAGGUGGAAGACGGUAGUAACAUGCGCUGGCGAUGGGUCUACGGCAGCAAGUGGAGGGUCGACGGUGUGCCCGACGACGGGACGGAGCCAGUCGACUACGACGGAGAGGCCGGGAGGAACGGUUGGAUCUACUACGACAACAAGUGGCAAAAUGGCCGCCGCGGCGCCGAUGGAUGGGGGCGAUGGACACGGCGCAGGAAGUGGUACCGCGACGCCGAGUUGGUGGAGGUAUCGGAAGACGACGUGGCACACGAACUGGAUGCUUCACAAGCACCGCCGAACCCUCGGCAACCCGGAUCCCCGACGAUGAGCCCGCCGGGACCCGCGCUGACGACACAGAGGUAUAGCACGCUCGAAGAAAAGAUGGUGUCCCCCAUGCACUCGGCGCAAGACCUGACGCUGUCGGACAAGGACCUCGAGAGGGAAAAGGAUGACGCGGCAUCGACGCUGUCCACCAGCUCGGGCGGGCGGUCAUUCUUCAAGACGCCGUCACUGAGAAGGAAGGUCACGGAUAAGAGCGUCGCGGGCAAGGCGGACAAGGAACAGGACCGCAGCCGCAGGGCGAGCGAAGCCAAAAGCGAGGAGGAGGCGUCGGCGCUGGGGCUGAAGCUUAAUCUCGCGUUGCAAGGCAAGGACGGUGGGCAGUGGGGGAUAGGCGACGAGGCGAGGAUGAACCUCGAAUGACCGAGGCGGCGGUGCUCAUUCCGGGUUGGUUUUCUCUCUCUCUUUCUCCGGGUUGCCCGUUUAUGAUGACGGGAGCGCCCCAUUGAUCAAGUAAUCAAAUCCUUUGGGACGGCACGGUUGGGCAUGGACGGCGUUGUUGGCUGUAGAGUGUUACACAAUGUGUGCCUUGUAUGAUUU